UGUUAGAUUAGGAGAGGCGUGUGCAAAAAGCCUGCGAUAUAGGAUGAGCUAAUAGAGCUAUGCAAGUGGAGAAUUGCAUCUCGCUGACGAGUGAAAUCUCAAAGAAAUUUAUGAAUGUGGGCAGUGGCUUUGCGAGCUCCAAUGGAUCAGAGGAGCUCUCGUUGCAGGACCAUCCUAUUAUAUCUGCAAGUGACAACCUGGAGAGAAGUUCACCUCUGAAAAAAAACUCCAGGGAGAUGACGAAUCAGUCAGAGGCAGACAAUUUCCCCGACUCCAAGGACGCGUCGGGGGACGUCCAGAGGGGCAAACUCUCUCCUGAUCUCCACGGAGUCUCUGACAUCCGUCAUAAUUUCGAUGGAUCUGCAGGAGAAAGGUGCAUCUUUUCUCCGUCCGCCCAGCCGCCGUCAGUCUCCGCCGCUCCCACUGCCAUGUUUCCGUACCCGAGCCAGCAUGGACCGGCGCACCCCGCUUUCUCCAUCGGGAGUCCCAGCCGCUAUAUGGCCCAUCAUCCGGUCAUAACUAACGGAGCGUACAACAGCCUUUUAACCAACACGUCUCCGCAAGGCUACCCGACGGCGGGUUACCCUUACGCGCAACAGUAUGGACACACGUACCAAGGGGGAGCUUUUUACCAGUUCUCUUCGGCGCAGGCGGGACUGGUACCGGGGAAGGCGCAGGUGUAUCUGUGCAACAGGGCCCUGUGGCUCAAGUUUCACAGGCACCAGACAGAGAUGAUCAUAACAAAACAGGGACGACGAAUGUUUCCCUUUUUAAGCUUCAACAUUUCUGGCCUCGACCCAACCGCUCACUACAAUAUAUUUGUGGACGUAAUACUCGCUGAUCCGAAUCACUGGCGAUUCCAGGGAGGAAAGUGGGUGCCGUGUGGGAAAGCUGACACAAACGUUAUAGGGAACAGAGUUUACAUGCACCCGGAUUCACCAAACACCGGCGCGCACUGGAUGCGUCAGGAAAUCUCGUUUGGAAAACUAAAGCUCACCAACAACAAAGGUGCCUCCAACAACACAGGCCAGAUGGUGGUCCUCCAGUCGCUCCACAAGUACCAGCCCAGGCUCCAUGUGGUGGAAGUGAACGAAGACGGGACAGAGGACACCAGCCAGCCGGGAAGAGUCCAGACGUUCACCUUCACGGAGACGCAGUUCAUCGCCGUCACCGCUUACCAGAACACUGACAUUACGCAACUGAAAAUCGACCACAAUCCGUUUGCCAAAGGAUUUCGGGACAAUUAUGACACUGUAUACACAGGCUGCGACAUUGACCGCCUAACUCCAUCACCGGGUGACUCUCCGCGCUCACAGAUCGUGCCGGGUGCGAGAUACGCCAUGCCCAGCUCCUUCCUGCAGGACCAAUUUGUCAGCACUUAUGCCAAAUCUCGCUUUCACCCUGGCGUGGGGACUGGUCCUGGCACGGAGCGCAGCGUCCCACUCGGCAACAGCUUGCUGUCCCCGCAGCAAAGCGAGGAGCCCACUGUUGCCACCCCCCCGCAGCGUUGGUUUGUCACCCCUGCCAACAACCGACUGGACUUUGCCGCCUCGGCAUACGACGCCGCCGAUUUCGCCGGUAACGCGGCCACCUUGCUGUCCUACGCAGCGGCCGGAGUAAAGGCUCUCCCCCUGCCGACAGCGGGCUGCUCCAAUCGGCCUCUUGGCUAUUACGCAGACCCGUCUGGCUGGGGAGGACGCACGCCACCACAGUACUGCGGCGUAAACAGUAAAUCCAGCUCGGUCUUUUCCUGCUGGCCGACCAACUCCCUUGGAGGCAGGGCGGGCACCAACUACCUGUCGGAGGAGGGAGACUCCAUCGCGACCGAGAGGUCACCGAUCGGUGGCUCGGAAGAGACCAAACCCAAAGACAUCACAUCAGAGUCCAGCUGGAUAGAGACGCCGUCGUCGAUAAAGUCGAUUGAUUCCAGCGAUUCUGGGAUCUUUGAACAGGCCAAAAGAAGACGGAUCUCCCCCUCCGCCACCCCGGUCUCAGAGACAGUGUCCCCGUUAAAAUCCGAGCUGCUGGCACCGAGAGAGUGCGAGAAGAACUGUACAAAGGACAUUGGUUACUACAGUUUUUAUCCUCACAGUUAGAACAAAUCAAUCAAUCUAUCUAUCUAUCUAUCUAUCUAUCUAUCUAUCUAUCUAUCUAUCUAUCUAUCUAUCUAUC